CCGCCAGCUCUCGAUCUCGAACUCAAAUAUCAUCAAUCACUUCCAACUCGCAGUCAAAAGGCUACUGGUUAAAGAGUUGCGAAGAUGGUCCGACAACUCAAACAUCACGAGAAGAAACUUCUCAAGAAAACCGACCUCUACACCUACAAGUCAGACCAAGGCCACCGUACUGGUGAAAUCCAGCGCCGAUACGGAAUUACGGAUGUCGAAUAUAAUACGUACAAUGCGCUUUGCGGAUCGAUGCGCAAACUGGCAUACAAGCUCUCACAGAUGGAGCCCGAGGACCCUACACGGAGGAAGCUGGAGUCAGCUAUGCUAGAGAAGCUACACAACAUGGGUAUCAUUCAGAAGUCACGAGAGCAGGGCGGAGCGUUGUCCCAGGUGGAGCAUCUCACAGUGUCGGCUAUCUGCCGGAGGCGCCUGCCAAUCGUGAUGGUGAGAGAACAGAAGAUGAUUCAAUAUGUGGAUAAGGCCAUUGAAGCAGUUGCGCAAGGUCAUGUCCGCGUUGGCACGCAGGUUGUUCAGGAUCCCGCCACUUUGGUCACACGGAACAUGGUGGACUUUGUCCAAUGGGUUCCCAACAGCAAGUUCAAACUGGCUGGCCAGAAUUACCAUGGCAAGAGGGAUGAUUUCGACAGCUUGCAGUUGUAAAGGAAAGGUCCACUGAAGGCAGUGGAUUGAUUGCCUUGAAAAAGCAUUCUAAGCUGAAUAGAAUCCAACGAGAGUCUGCGGUGUGGUCGACUGCAACAGCUCACCACCAAUGGGGACCGUCAGCAGGACGCCGAAAGCGGCGACACUAUAGAUCGUGCCGUAGAAACGACCAUACUCCUCUGUGCGACACAACUGGCCAGCACACACGGGCGCAAGAGAUACCCAACCCCCCGAUCCAAACCCAAAGAUCGCAACUACCGCGUACAGCGUAGCUUCAUCGCGGGACCCAAAUGGAAUCCAUACGGCCGACAUGACAAGAAGGGUAAUCAAGGCCAGGAAGAGCAGGAUAUUGAAACGUCCCACUUGAUCCGCCGCAAAACCAGGCAACACUCUGCCCAUCAAACUCAUGCUAUUCAGCACAGUGAGCGAAUAGAACUGGACAUUGAGGUCCAGGCCCGUGUAGCGGACGUAGGUGGGUAAAAGUGCAGCACAGCCAAAGAUAAUGAAUUCGAAAGCGAAAACAGCCACGGCGAGAAAGCAAAGUCGGGGUUCUCGGAAUGCUCGGAAAUCAAUCAUGGCUUUGCUCACGUUCCCAGCCGGCAGUCGCCCCUUGACUAGGAAGAUUCCUG